GGCGUCGGCCUCAGCUCUCCAAAGCUGUAGGCUUUGGCUGGGAGAGGCGUGGCGCGCACUGUGCCCCUCCAGACCGAAAACCACCUGUAUGGAUGACCAGACCUACAGUGUGAACCAGUCGCCCUCGUCCGCCAGGAACAGGGGCAAGAACGCGGCUGACAGUCGGGGUUAUGCCGAGGUGAAGAAGGGAGUCAUGACGGUGGAAAACAUGCUGGAGGAGUCCGCCGUGCUCUCGGCGCCCCACCUGUCGGUGGAUCGAUAUGAGCGCGGCCGCCAGGGAUGCUGUGAGAGGGUGGUGAUCAACAUUUCGGGUUUACGCUUCGAGACGCAACUCAAAACUUUCAACCAGUUCCCAGACACGCUGCUGGGGGACCCCAGGAAAAGGAUGCGCUACUUUGACCCGCUGAGGAACGAGUACUUCUUUGACAGGAACAGACCGAGCUUUGAUGCCAUCCUGUACUACUACCAGUCAGGGGGGCGCAUACGGAGACCUGUUAACGUCCCCAUUGAUAUUUUCUCCGAGGAGAUCAGGUUUUAUCAACUCGGAGAGGAGGCCAUGGAGAAAUUCCGCGAUGAUGAAGGGUUUAUAAAAGAAGAGGAGCGCAUACUGCCCAAACAUGAUUUCCAAAAGCAGGUUUGGCUUUUGUUUGAGUAUCCAGAAAGCUCCGGGCCAGCAAGAGGAAUAGCCAUCGUCUCCGUGCUUGUUAUUCUCAUUUCAAUUGUUAUUUUCUGCAUGGAGACUCUGCCGGAAUUUCGGGACGAGAGAGACCAAGCCACAGUGGCACCCACGGUCAAUGGCACUGCUCCCCACGUGCAAAGCCCGUUCACAGACCCCUUCUUUGUGAUAGAGACUCUGUGCAUCAUAUGGUUCUCUUUCGAGUUGCUGGUCAGGUUUUUUGCCUGUCCCAGUAAAACCACCUUCUCCAAAAACAUCAUGAAUAUCAUUGACAUCGUCGCCAUAAUCCCCUACUUUAUCACUCUGGGGACUGAGCUGGCCGAGAAGGAGACCAACAGCGGCCAACAGGCGAUGUCCCUCGCCAUCCUGAGGGUGAUCAGACUGGUGAGGGUCUUUCGCAUUUUUAAGUUGUCUCGACACUCGAAGGGACUUCAGAUUUUGGGACAAACCCUCAAGGCCAGCAUGAGGGAGCUCGGAUUGCUCAUAUUUUUUCUUUUCAUCGGAGUUAUUCUCUUCUCCAGCGCGGUUUACUUCGCCGAAGCAGACGACCCCUCGUCCAGUUUCACCAGCAUCCCAGAUGCGUUUUGGUGGGCAGUGGUGACCAUGACCACGGUCGGAUAUGGAGACAUGCAUCCAGUGACCAUUGGUGGGAAAAUAGUGGGGUCGCUGUGCGCAAUAGCAGGCGUGCUGACCAUUGCCUUACCCGUGCCAGUGAUUGUGUCUAAUUUCAACUACUUUUACCACAGGGAGACUGACGGAGAGGAGCACCCACAGUACGUGCACACGAGCAGCUGUGAGCACCUCCCCUCGGAGGAGCUGAGGAGGUCGUGCAGCUCCUCAUCUCUCAGCAAGUCAGAGUACAUGGUGAUAGAGGAGGGCAUCAACAGUGCGUUCAAACAGCCCAACUUCACCACCGAAAACAACCAGAACUGCGUGAACAUCAAAAAGAUCUUCACGGACGUGUAAAUGAAACACCAGACGUGGAUCGUUUAUGGAGCAUGGAGAUAUAGUAGCUAUAAUAAUAUUUUUAUAUAUAGCCAAUCGUAAUGUGCCAGUCCAUAUCUGUGGAUGAACGCUGCGUAAUUGUCAGUUUUAACAAGUCAUUUAUCCUUUUUUUAAAUUUUGAUUUAAGCUUAUGAGAAAUCACGAGUCUACUUGUUUCUAUUGUAGAUUCACAUUUGAGUAUUUCACAGAGAUCAACACAUUUAUACUGGAAAAGUAUUCAUUUCGGCACAAGCUGUUGUCAUAUAAAAAUACAUUAAUUGAACAAGUUAGUGGCUUGUUAAAACAGAUAUUUUUUUGGUGUAUAGUGCCACACGAUGCCUACAUAUCUUGAUGUUUAUGCGAAAGUUGUUGGUGUUGAUGAUUGGGAUACACGUGUAGCAUAGUCUACUAUAUUGCAUCUACCCACCAGUCAAAAAAAAAAAGAAAAAGAAAACUUGUGCUUCGUGGAAAGAAGUUUAAUCGUCCAGUAAUGUAAUGAAUAGACUAUGGUAAUUUAUAUAGCCAAAUGCCUGUUUAGGUUAUAUUUAAUAUCAUAACCUGUCGAAGAUGUUAGACUCUGAGUUUUGUUCAGAUUAUUAUUCAGGUAAUAACACGCAGUGGUGUCGAUGGAAACGCUUAUCAUAAAUUAUAAGUCGAGCUUUUCGUAAAAUUGUAUUUUUAUUCAGAACUGCCUAUA